AGAUAACGAUACUCGAUAAAUGCUUUCAGUUGCAGCAACACGAUCAGUUGCCGGUCGCACGUUAAUUAAUCAAAACAGGGAUAGUGUACAGAAUAAAAGUGACAUUUUUAUAGUUUUACGUUUUGUCUGGUUGAAUAAAGAAAGUUAUCCGCUUGCAGCAAUGGAAAUACGCUCUAGGGAACAUAUACAAGAAUUGCAGAAACUGUUGCGAGAAGUAGAACCUGCCGAUGAACCUAUGGAUGAGGAAAGCUCAUCAGAAGAUCAACAAUCGAGUGACACAGAACUUCUCGGUUUCUCGAUAAGAAAGGACUGUUUUAGACCUCGCAAGCUUCCUAAUAUUCAAUGGUUGGAUACACCGCAGGAGACAGAAAGACAAAAAACAGACCAGGUACCUGAAGCGUUAGACGCUGCAAAGAAUAUAAAUACUCCACUAGAAGUAUGGUCUCUCCUUUUUACUGAUGAAAUGUUAAAUAUAAUUGUCAAAUACACUAAUGCUGAGAUUACAAGAAAACGAGAACACAAUUUCAAAAAUUGUGAAACUGAUUUAUUAGAUACGGAUCUCGAUGAAUUAAAAGCCUUUAUAGGAAUUUUAUACUUUUGUGGAUUACAAAAAGAUAAUCAUAAAAGUCUCUUGAAAUUAUGGAAUAUGCUCGAAUCACCUUUCUACUGUUUAGCUAUGCCAAAAGCAGAACGUUUUGCACUUUUGUUACAAUGUUUACGGUUUGAUGACAAAAAUACACGUCAAGAACGUCGCCAGCGUGAUAAGUUAGCACCAAUUCGUGACCUUUGGGAUUUAUUUUUAUCGAAUUGUAUGAAAUAUUAUUUACCAAGUAAAUAUGUAACAAUAGACAAGCAAAUACUGAGUUUCUGCGGAAGAUGUCCUUUUCGCGUACGUUCCGAAGACAAAUACGGACUUGAAAUUGUUAUGAUGAACGAUUCAGAAACAUAUUAUAUGAUAAACGCUAUUCCUUACGUUGGGAAGAUCACUACACAACUUUUCGAGCCAGUGCCUUCUUACUAUGUGCGUCAAUUAUCUAAGCCGAUCCAUAACAGUCACAGAAACAUUACUUGUGAUAACUGGUUUACUUCUACUUCUCUCGUGCAAAUAAUGCAGAAAGAAUUUUCACUUAGUAUAGUAGGGGAAAUUAAACCAACUCGAUUAAAUAUACCACAGGAAAUGAAAGAUUUCACAGAAGUUAAUAGUAUACGUUUUCGUUAUGCUGAUAACAUGACAUUACUUUCAUAUUGUCCUAAAAUAGAUCAAACUGUUUUAAUAUUAUCUACUUUACAUGAACAAAACGAUAUAAAUCUUGGAGCAAACAUGAUUCAAUUUUACAAUUCUACUAAAAGUAGCACUAACAUUUUUGACCAAAUAUGUCAUGAAUAUAAUACUGCAUGUCCUUCUAAUCGUUGGCCGACACGAUUUUUCUUUGGUAUGCUUGAUUAUAGCAGUAUUAAUAGUUUCAUUUUAUAUACUUUAAACAAAGAUAACCAUAAGAUAGCAAGAUAUAAAUUUUUAGAAACAUUAGCUAAAAGUUUAAUUAUGCCAUAUAAAAGUAGAUACUUGCCUUUACAUACAGUCCCACAUCAAUUACAAAUACCAAGUUUAAAAUGCAAAUGGUGUCCUGUCGAUUUAGAUAGUAAGAGUCUAAUUGUUUGUCCUCAAUGCAAAGAACCACGAUGCGAGGAGCAUCGCUCAAUGUUAUGCGGACAAUUGUGCAAAAAUUAGCUGUUAUUAUUAUAUUAUUAUUAUUGUAUUAUUAUUAUUAAGCUUAUUAUUGUAUUAUUAUUAUAUAUUUCAAGUAUGUUUUUUAUAAUUUGUCUUCAAAAUAUACUAAUUAUAUUAACUAUAUAUUGAAAUAUGACAAACGGCACACGUAUAUGUAUACAGUAUAUAUAUUUAUAUUCUUAUAUUAUUUUCAUUGACAAAUUAUAUAUAAAAAUAUAAAGGAUAGGUUGCAUAUAUAAGUGUAUUAUUUGUCAUGUUUCAGUAUAUGGAUUAGGUUAGAGUUAGUUUUUUGAGGAGGUGAUGCGGAAGAAGGGGCGGAGUCCCUCCCCCGCGCAUAAGCGUGUACUGUUUAUCAUAUUUUAACGUAUCUUGUAUACCAAAAUUACGUUUCGUUUGAAAAACUUUUAGUUAUUUUUAUUAAACAAUGAAAACCAGUUAAAACCUUUUGAAUGUUAUUCAGGGCAGUAACCUUGAGAACAUAUAUUAAGGUUAUGCUCAUUCCUCUAUACCGGAUAAUUACCUAAAAAAUAAUUAUUAUCUCUCUUACCUAAACAAUAAUGUAUCUCUACUUCUUCGAUAUACUGCUAAAGAAUAACAGCGCUUCCGACUUUAUAAACUUAAAGUUAACAAAAUUAUUUAAAAUAACAAAAAAUAAUUGCGCAAUAAAAUUAGUGAAAUGCAAUUCGUAAAUGUCGUAAUCGUUUUUAUUUUGAAAGUAAUAAAAUAUUUAAAAAAUGUCGAAAUAAGACUUUCAUUUGAUGUAAAUACUCAUUGUAAGAAAGUAAAUAGAAAUAUAAUGUAUAUAGCUGGUUUCAAAACGAUUUGUACACCAUUUAUCGAGUAAAGUUGCAAUACUUUAAAAUUCUUAGAUUUGAAGCCACUAUUGUGUCAUAUAUGUGCAUACUAAUCAGUUAUAAAUAUAUAAAAAUUACUUCACAACAAUGAAUUCUCUUAAUUAAAAAUAAAUUCUUUUUUCUAAAUUUCACGAGUGUCACGUUCUGUAUUAUUACUUUAGCUCUUGUCAUGACCUUGUAAUUACUGCGUAAACAUAUCAGCAGUAAUUUCAAUUCUGACAACUUGAAGCAUUGCAAUUUCAUUCAAUAAAAAGUGUGCAAACCGAUGUGCAAUAUUCUAUACCUGAUACAUUCUAUCUGACA